GUAUGGAGAUUAAUUCAAUUAAAUAAAUAUUUAUUCAGCUUUGACUUUUAGCGGAAUACUGGAAGAUAGACCUGGAAAGGUAAGUUAGGGUGAACCUCUAGGAAGUUCCUUAGGUUAGCCUUACAGUUUGGACCUAUCCUCUGACCACAGUAAAACCAUCAAAUUCUUUUUUCAUGAAAACAUGUCUUAGUGAUCACACUAUUUUUGCAUAUGCAAUCUGGAAGCUUUCCCAGGAUUAGCUGAAAGACUGAAAGCAGGAAAAACAUGACUGGGAAAAACCAAGCCACGAGGAAAUAAAGAUGUACCCUGGGGUGGUGGUAAUGAAAAGAAUGAAAGAGGCUUGAGAGACAUUACAAAAGGAGAACUGAUGGGACUGGAUUACUGAUAGGGCAAGAAAAGGAAGGAGGUAAGGAAGAUACUGGCAGCCAUCUAGGGACCAUGAGAGGAACCAGUCUUAGAAUGAUGCAGACACCAAGGAAAGCACAGCAGAGGGAAGGAAAUAAACGGGUCCUUGAUGACAUAUUGAGUUGUAGGAUCAAGUUUCACCUGAAGCCAGUCAACCUGUGGACUUCUCACUCAUGUAUAGUUUGGAGAUAUUGUGGGUUUGGUUCCAGGCCUCCACAAUAAAGAGAAUAUGGCAAUAAAAGAUACUGAAGAGAUGAGACCUUAAGCCUUGAGAAGAGCGAGCAAAUGCAGGACGUGUGGACUAAUGACUGGAGGAAUCACCUGCUUGUAUGGAAGUAGGAACAGCUGAACUGGGUGGCCUGGAUUUCAGGGCUCCAAGAACAGAGAAGCGAUGCACUUUGCCAGGUAGUUGGGAAGCAGGCUGGAGCUCAGAAAGGCUUUUCUCCCUUUUCUUUAUGGUUCCAAGCAGGCAGAAGCGGGAUCAGGAAACCAAACAUCAGUUAUCCCGAGAACAAUUCAGAAUCCAACUAGAGGACCUUAAAGUGAAUGACCCACCCAUCAAAGAUAUUCCUGUCUGGAAGUCUUGGCUCAGAUCUCUGAUGGAGGUGGGAGGCAUGCCCAGCCCUGGUUCGUCUCUCAAGGAGUCUUCAGUGCCUAAUCUGAUUCCACAACCCAUCAGCUUUCAAAGGGAUUCUGGAGAGCUCUCUUGGCAUUAUGGAUGGACAAGAACCAGGAUGAGUCCAAGCUCCAGAGGGCUGAAGGCAAUGAGGCAAUCAAUACAAGAGGAGAAGCAGAAAAGGCUGCUCAACCCAAGAAGAAGCCAAAGGUGUAACAUACCUUUUGGUACAGGAGGAGACAAGAGGGACAAGAGGAGAUGAGCACCUCCAUCUGGUCAACAGCCCAACUUUAUUCUAGACACCUCCACAAAAACACCUGCUCACGGAACGUGAGAUUCCUUCAAGAAAUUCCAUUUUAAAGCGUCACUCUCGAUAUUGAUGAUAACAUUUAGGAUUAAGGGAAAGAGUCACUCAAGAACUAAAAGCUCUGAGCAGCACUAAUAAAUAACAUAAGUGAUCCUUCCUCAUCUACAGAGCGGGGUAGGGAGUAAGUUAUAAACGCAGGUGAAGAGAGCUAGUCAGGUGUAGGAAGGCAAAUGAGUUUUGAAACGCGAUUUUGGUGCCCAAGUCAGGAUAAAUGAUAUACAGGCACAACUUAUUUUAUUGUGCUUCGCUUUAUUGUGCUUUGCAGAUAUUAUAUUUUAUUUUAUUUUUUUUUAAAGUACCAAAAUUGUAUUUAUUUAAAAUUCAUAUUACACUGAGAAAACUCUUACU